CUCUCAUGCGGGUUGCGGGACACGUCCGACGGCUAAACAAGGUGGAAACGCUGGAAAAGUUGUCAGUAAAGCCUCCAGUCAGAGUUUGCAAGGUUCCUGUAUGGUGACGAGCUCAUUCGUAUUCUGGCAUGUGUCAAUCAAUCAGGCCUGAGGAGCAAUGAAUAAAUCCUACGGACGCAUCGAAAUGGACCUGACGUUUGGAUCAGCAAAGCCCUACGGGUCCACGAGGAGUAUCGUGAGGAGGAUCGCGAGCAACCUUCCUCUCAAACCCUGCCCCAGGGUUCACUUUCAGCUGUACCCACUGGACGAGGAUGCGGAUGUCAUCGCCCGCAGGAAGGAGCACGCGGUGGCCUCACUCGCCGACGUCUCCUGGAUCAACCAGGACGACGACGACGAUGAUGGCGAAGAGGAGGAAGGCAAACCUCGGUCGCGGCCACCCCAGGGGCUGGCGUUCCGGGGGCGCCCACCCCGGCCUCGGAGACGCCCCCUCGCCAGGCGGCGCUCUCUCCCUAGCCUCCACCAGGGCCCCCCGGACCCCCAGGGCCCCGCGGCCGCCAACGACGAGGCCAUUCAGAAGAUCAGCGCGCUGGAGACGGAGCUGGGCAAGCUGCGAGCGCAGAUAGCCCAGAUCGUGCUGGCCCAGGAGAAGAGUGCCCAGUUGGCUGUCUCCAAUGGAACAAGCUCCGGGCCUCCCCAGGCUCCACCUCCCCCUCCACCUCCUCCUCCUCCCUCUGGACUCCAGCGCACCUUUUCCACCAUGGACCUGAUCAAGGAGCGGCGCGGGAAAAAGACGCAAGGCCCAACGGAGACAAAGACGCACGCCGACAUCCCAAACAUGCUGGACGUCCUCAAGGACAUGAACAAAGUCAAGCUGAGAUCCGUCAAAAGUCGGCCGGUGAGCGCGGAGAACGAGGAGAAGAUGAAGGAGCCGACGGACGCCGCCGCGCUCAUCGCGCAGGCUCUCAAGAGGAAGUUUGCGCACACGUACCCGCAACACAACCACCAAGUGGACCAAGUCAAACAUCCCGCCGAAAGCCCGCUGUUUGGUCAGCACAUGUUGAGAUCAACCGGGAAGCGCACGUUUGUCUAAAGGAAUGAAUGAAUGCAGCUUACUGACGAGGAAGAGGCCUGGAAUGUUCCAAAUCGUCAACUUUAUUACUUUAAUAUUUCUGCAAGCACAAAAGGGAUAUUCCUCUCAAUUCUGUUCAUGGUUUGGUGCACUUUUUAAGUUAUAUGACAUUUUAUUAUGCAUAUGUCAGUGUUGCCAGUCUUCUGUAUAGUGAGAUUCAACUGGUCAUACGGUAAAUUAUGAUUGUCCUAGUAAAGCGCUCUAAAAUGAUUGUCCUACAUUCCUAAUGUAUACCAAACACUAAUUUGCCAAACCCCUAUGUAAAAUGAUGUU